UCAGCAGCCGCCAUCUUGAUUACGGUGGUGUGCUCGCGCCACAAAAGAUUUUUCAUCAGACGAAAGUUCGACAAUUUAAAGACAUACCCACAGAAACUUCAAUAUGUCUAUUAUGGAAUAUAACGGUGCUGCCAUCAUAGCUAUGGUCGGCAAAGAUUGUGUCGCAGUUGCGGCAGAUCGACGUUUAGGAAUUCAAGCUCAAACUUUGUCUUGCGAUUUUCAGAAAAUCUUUCAAAUGGGUGACAAGCUUUUUCUGGGUCUUCCUGGGCUAGCGACGGACGUACAAACCGUGUCAAACCGGCUAACUUUCCGCAAGAAUUUGUAUGAACUGCGAGAAAACCGUCAGAUCAAGCCCAAAACUUUCAUGAGCAUGGUGUCAAACUUGCUCUAUGAAAGGAGGUUCGGGCCUUACUUUGUGGAACCGGUGAUCGCCGGGUUAGAUCCGAAGACCAAUGAGCCGUAUAUCGCGACGUUAGAUCUGAUCGGAUGCCCGAUGGAGACGAAAGAUUUUGUGGUGAGUGGCACUUGCUCGGAGCAGAUGUAUGGAAUGUGCGAGUCUCUGUGGGAGCCAGACCUCGAACCAGAUGAUCUGUUCGAAACCAUCUCCCAAGCCUUGAUGAAUGCUGUGGAUCGAGACGCUGUCAGUGGUUGGGGUGGCAUUGUUCAUGUGAUUGAGAAAGAUAAGAUUACGACUAGGACACUAAAAGCAAGAAUGGACUAGACUGUAUGUUGCAUUGCUACUGAAAAUAACACGGCACAUCAACAGCUGUAACCUCGGAUUAGCUCUGUAUUUUGUAGUUAACAGUUUGCUACUAUUUGUUUUCAAAUAUAUGGUUUAACCUUGCAAAACUUGACUUGUUAAAACGAAGCUGUGGAAAAAGCAAAACUGAAGUAGUUUUACCCUGGGGGAGAAGAGACUGUAGGUCUUAGAAAGUUUCAUACAGCCUUACCCCACCCCACUUUACCUUCUUUAUCCACUUACUACCAUACCCAAAGUAGUUUUGCCCUUUUAUAAACUCUUUCAGUUUUAGGAUCAGAUUUGAGAGGAAAAAAAUUUUUGGCAUAGGAAAGUAUUUGAUAUUAUUGUCUACACAGCUUGUUGAAAGUAUAGCCCUGAUCUGUCAGUCUUUUUUGAUUGAUUAUUUAGAUUUUGUUGAUUGUUGAUCCCUGAGAAUCUUCUAUUAAAUCACUGCAUUUGGCAA